CUUUUUGAUCUGUCAAAAAAAAAAAUUCUGUAGAAAUGAAAAUGGCUGAAAAAAGAGAUAACACUAAUAGUCAUUACAUACAUUUUGAAAACUGGACGCCAGAAAAGGUUGCUAAUUGGCUUAAAGGUCUUGACGAAGCUGUCUUGCCAUACAUUCAAAGUUUUGUAAACCAUGACAUUGAUGGAAAAAGACUUCUAAUGCUGACACAUUCGGAUCUAGAAAAGCUGAAUAUCAAGAAGUUGGGUCACCAAGAGUUAAUCCUUGAAGCUGUCGAUAUUUUGCGAGCAAUCCGAUAUGGAUAUGAGACUGAAAAUCUUCAGCAUUUGGCCUUGCAGCUGGGAUGUAAGGCUAGGAGUCUGCACAACAUGGUUCACGCUAAUACCGGAGAAAAUGACAAAAACAUAGCCAACGUUUCACAUCAUGCACACCGCCACAGACAGUGGUCCAUCACCAUCCUGUCUGCUACCACGGACGUCUUGAUGACUCUCAAGGCACUCGUUUCAUGGCUGGACAAAGCUCCUUUUGAGGGUAUAUAUGAUAUGAUUCUCCUACGAAAUACCAUUGUAAAAACUGGACUAGAUGUGGGCAGCAUGCUACAAAAAGACACCCAUCCAGAUGUUGAAGAAAGUAUUAUAAAAUCAUGUCGCAAGCUGUCAGAAAUCUGCGAUGAGCUGGUAAUGAACUCAAAGGAGCCAUUGGUUGUUCAACCGGCAUCUUUAGAGUUGGCUACUAUCAGAAAGAAACAAGGAGAAGAACUGGGUCUUCACAUCUCAUCUUUGUACUACGUCACUCAUUCUAUAAGUGGAAUAAAAGAACUGUCACCUGCCGAUUUGUGCCGAAAAAUAGAAAAAGGUGAUGAACUCAUUCAAGUAAACAACCAGACUGUGCUUGGUUGGCAGUUGAAAAAACUUGUAGAGACAUUAAAAGAAAAACCUAAAGAGGUUAUUCUCUUGUUGAAAAAACGCCCGAGGCACAUCAGUCCAUUUGGAGUAAUACCGAAUCGACGAAAGCAGUUAAAUAAACAACAUGCACAAGCUGCAACUCUGCCCAAGUCUCUGAAGAAAAGACGGUCACGUGAUGGAGAAUCUAAACAACCGCGACCUUCACUGCAGGAAUACGGAAGUAAAACCAAACACUCGGGGGAAUACCUGGAUGCCAAAGAACCAGUUGACGGCAAUGACACUGAUAAUGAUGUGUUUCGAAGUGGCUCCGAAUCUCCGCAAUUCACUCUUCCUGUAACACUAGACCCGAAGUACCGCCGUGCCACAGUCAGUGGUGGAUCUCCAAUCCUUGAGCGACCGUCCCUGGUUAUAGAAGACCUUGAUCCACCACGCCCCAAGUCACAGGCUGUGAACACUGCCGAGAAGGAGGCAGUGUUUGCCUCGCUAGUGACUACUGACAAUGCUCUAGCUGCAGCCGUACAGAGGAGGGAGAAGAGCGCGUUUUCUGGUACAGAGGGUGUGAAGAUAGAGAUUACUCCACUACCUGCCAGUGAAGACACUCCAGUGAAUACCACGCUGGUGAUCACCUCGUCAGAAAGCACCACUCCGACAAACACCAUACCUACAAGCACAACACCACUAGCAAGCACUGUCUGCAGUAAAGUCACUCCAGAUAUAGUUGAAGACACGAAACUAUCUGAACAGAAGGGCUUGGAAUUCCGCGUGACGAAGCCAACACCUCACAUCCUGGAGAACCCGUACCAAGAGGCGGAACAUCCGUGGUCGUCUAAUGAAGGCGUGAUCCGCGUGGUGGCCACCGACGUCAACAAGGACCAGCCUCAUCUGAGAACCAUCAAGCGGAUCGACUCGUCAUACCAUGAACAGACUAAACAGAAGGAAAAACAGGAAGAAAAUUCUAAGCAGGACAAAAAGCAUGUUGGCUUCUCAGAGGACACGAAGGAAAACGAGAAAGAAGCAAACACAAGUUUUACUCACAUUAUUGUGGGAGGAGUUGUUCAAAAGAUCCCAGCUGAGAAGGUGGACAAACCAGACUCUCCAGUAACUGUUCAAAGAAGACACAAGUCAGGAAGUCGGCAACUCAAUCGUCGUGUUUCUUGUAAGGAUCUUGGGAGUGGGGACUGUGAGGGAUGGCUGUACAAACGGAAAUUGAACCACCGGGGCCCACUAACCAAGCACUGGGAGAAGAGAUGGUGUGUGCUGAAAAAUCACAACCUUUUCUACUUCAAGAAUCAAGAUGAAUUGAAAGCUGAAGGUGUGAUUCAUCUCCCAGCCUUCCAGGUUUCCCCAGCUCCUGAUAUUAAAACAAAGAAAUUUGAACAUGGUGCUUUCAAAGUACACAACUCUGGAACAAGGUUUUGUUUUGCAUCAGAACGUCAAGAAGACAUGAGCAAAUGGAUGAAUAAGAUGGGACUAGCAGCAAUUAGUUUUGACACAAAAAACAUUAUCACCACUGGUGGCUUUAUAAGGCCAGAGCUCAAUUCUCAGGGUUUGGGCGUGCAGAACCAGUAUUACAGCGAGAGUGAUGACGACCCCGAUGAUACUAGUCACCAGGCGAUGGGCAGUCUUCAGUCUCUGUCCAGUGUGUCGUCUCUCGGCAGCACCAUCGUGCCUGCAAAUCACACAUCACCCAAGGAGGUUUCCACUGAAUCACCACCUUCAGAGAGUCCUGAUACUGUCGAAGUGCGAUCGAAAGGGUUCGAUGAGCCUAUUGAUGACCUUACUGAGUUUUAUCGCUUGAUGCAUGAGAAGCAUAUGACCAUCACUGGUAUUGAUCGUGACCAAUUGCGGCGAAGUCAGAUUAACACAUCCGAUGUAUUGGAAAUGGCAUCAUCGAUGAAUGAGUUAAAAAAGUUAAAACAUUUGAAGGCCCUCCAGAGAACUCUGAAGGCCAAGAAUCAGGAGCUGUGUGAGAUCGAUCACUUUCUGUCUGGUCCCUUGACACACGAGAAGAUCCAGGACUUCGUCGAACAUUACCCAGACGCACUUUAGAACAAGACGGAGGACUCUAUAAACAUGUGUGUUAUCAUCAGACUUCAUAAAACAGCAGCACUGGCUCGCUCUCUGAGGCACAUUGUAAAAACUUUAUAAGCAGCAGGACUGCCCUCAUCCUCUGAUGAUCAUUUAAGUCAUUAUAAACAUUAAUAAACUAUGGGUCUUUUUUCAAGUAAUCAUAUAUACAGAUUAGUGCUCGUUUAGCAAAACAAAGAUUUUUGUUUUGUUUUUUAAUCAUGUUAAUCAGAACACUGGGUUCUUACAGAUUUGAAAAGUCCUUGAAUUUGAGAAAAUCAUCUGGAAAAGUGAUUUGAAUUGCUUAUUUCCAUUGAUAAAUAUUAAAAUUUACCUUCUUCAAAAUUCCCUUAAAAUUUUUGUCAGUUGCAACAUGUACUACUAUUGACAUCUUUUUAUUGGCAGCAUCAUUUUGUCACAAAUAUUGAAGAUAGCUGGAUACACUGUUACGACAAAUACGAAAAUAUAUGAGAUAAAGUGCUACCACUUGAAUACAGUGAAUGCAAACAUUCUUGACAGUUGUAAUUUUACAGUGAAAAGUUCUUACUAAAUGCUUGAAUUUUGCCUUCAAAAUUGUGAAGGAACCAUGAAACAAAGUGUACAUGUUGAAUUUUCGUCUUUAUUUUAUUGUAUCAUUAACUCACUUUAAGUGUAUCAAAAUGGAUAAAACAUUAAUUUAAGAUCUUGGCAUAUUUACACCCACACAACAGGUCUCUUCGAGUUGAUACCCAUUUUGUUUUUAGGUUACCCAUCACGAUCACGUAAAUGAUGUCCUAAAUUAGUACACGAAUGCAAAAUUAUAGUUAUACAAGCGACACGCGAACGAAACUAUCGCUCUUGCAAUUUUGAGAGGCCUGCACAGUUGCUUGUUUGACACUCAUUGUGGUCAGUUUGCCUCACGAUUGUUCAGCUGAGUCUUGAGUGGUUACAGUCACAGCUCCAGUCUCACUUCCCCAUUUAAUUUUUUCUGUUAAAUGAAAAAUAUAAAUGCAACAACUGUACAGUUUUAUUACCAGCCUCGUGAUGUAGCCAUUACAUGUGAGACUGGUAGGUAGUGGGUUUGUCUCACAGUACCAGCUCUCACUAAUAACUAACCUCUAACCCACUAUCCUGUACAGGCUGUCCAGAUAGCUGGUGUGUGUGUGUGUGUGUGUGUGUGUGUGUGUGUGUGUACACAGGACAGCAUGCAUGCCCCUUAAUUGGAUAUAAGCACAAAAAUACAGGGGGUUUUCCCCACUAAGUGGUGUUUUUUAUUCAACAAUCUUGGAAUUUCCAACCUAUGGUCAGAAAGCUAACCAUAAUGGGUUUUGAAAUCAAGCUGUAAUGUGCUUAAUCCCAUUUUUUAAUAAAUAUCAUGAAUCGUGCAGUUUAUGACCAGGGCCCACAUUUUUUAAGCUACAUGUAUCUUAGCUCUACAAUAUCGUCCAAACCAUUGUAAGCUAUCACACACAUCAUAGUGAUGUCACAGUCUAAAACAAAUUUACAAUAUCAUAGCGCUAAGAUAGGUUUAAAAAUCUCUAGAUAACUACAACUGUUUAAUAACACCAAAUUGUGCUCAUACGUCUUGGUGGUGCUCAUACAUCUUGGUGGUGAUCAGUUGAUCAAAUUAAUUGGGGCCAAGUGAGCAUGACAUAAAAGGUCUGCCCUGUUGACCUUUUGAAUAAUGUAAAUAGGUUUAAAAGAUCAUUAAAUUGAAAUAACAGGCCUGGGUCUUCUUUAAUGUAAUUGGUAGUGCUCGUAGAAAUUUGUUAAGUGACCGACUGAAAAAUUACUUUCAAGCCUGCAGAAGGUAGUUUUUUUGUGUUAUUGUCUACUAAAGUCCAGAUGGUGAUGUUCGCUAUUGAAUUGGUUACAUAUUGGGGCAUUUGAAGUUGAUCGAGUAGAAGCUUCAGCAAUUUGUUUGUCGUUUUUAAAUCUGGCUGUAUCAUCAUCAAAACCUUUGAAAUCAGCAAUGAAAUUAUGAUAUGCUUUACAGAUAGGACCGCUUUCUUGUAGUGUUAAGUUGGGAUCGUCAUAUAUUAGUGUGUUAAUAUUUAAAUUUAAAUGACUUAACCUGGAUAAGUAGGACUGGCACUCUAUUAUAUAGAGGGCAAAAUAACAGGAAAUGUUCCGAGUCUUCAGUGUAAUGACCACAGGUACAAUGUGAAUUUUCUCCAAUGAAGCGUGUGAAUUUGUGGCAAAUCUAUUGGACUGGUGCCAUCUUCUAUCGUAUCACAUUUAUCUAACGUUAGACACAAAAACCAGUCUAGCAAGUGAUUGCGAAUGCUUGCCAUCCUGAACACACCUGUGGAUUUAUUUCUUCCAUGAAUGCUUAGAUAUUAUUACAGUAGAGAACCUAGUCAUGCCCUUCGUAUACAUGGAUUUACAAGUCUGUGUGGGCAAAACUGGAGAUUAGAAUUUGCCCUGCACACGCCUACCGAUUAAUGCUGAUGUGAUUGUCGAGUCAGCAUUAAUUGUGUGCCAAGCAAAAGACUUUAGGGUGUAUAAUUUAGUAUUAUAACUAUUAUAGUUACUUCUCUAUACAUUGUGUUGCUUAUAUAUGUACAGUAAGGAGCAAAUGAUAAAGGUUUGUGUUUUUUUAAAUCAUAGUUUCUGUAUGAUUUUCAUUCUGUGUAAUUCAUACUCCUGUUGUACUUUUUGUUGGGUUUUUGUUUGUUGUUUUUCCAAAUUCUGGUAAUUACUGUUUUAAAUUAUGAUGUUGACGUGCUUUAAAAAAUGCCAAAUAUUUGGACAUUUGUUGUACUUUAUUGAUUGAUAAUUAAAAUAAUUAAUAUACUGUGACACCUAUUACAAAUCAACCACAUUUUAGCUUAAUAUUUUUCUAAGUUAUAUUCAUGAAAACUAACAUACAAAUGUCCAUUGUAUUUUGUAAUGAAUUGUUUUUCACCAUUUUCUUUUUAAAAUUUUAAUUCCAAUAAAAUUUGGAUCAACAGAUGAAAAUUAAUUAGCACUUAGUUGAAAUAAAAAAUUGAGGUACCUUCAGCUGAAUAAAUUCAGUAUUUCUCAAAUUUGCUUGAAAAUGGCGUAACAUUUCUUGUGUACGUUGGUGUUUUUAUGCAACAUAUAUCCUUUAAAGUAAGAAAUCCAUGUUAAUUAUAUGCUUUGCAUUUCUUUUUCUUGGGUAAUGUUCAGAGUAGUAAACCAAGCUUUUUUUUUUUUUUUUUUUUUUAAAUAGUUACGACCUGCUAUUUUGUAAUUAUCUCCAUGAUGGAUAGACUUGUGUAUUUUAUACAAUUUCUGUGUAAACUCAUACUUAUCAGACUGGAUUUGUGUAAAAUUCAGGAACCACAGCUAUAUCUUCAUUUAUACAGCAGUUGAGGGUGGGGUACCUUAAAAUUGUUUUAUGACCUCCAUCUCACUCUCCCCCAGCCUUGAUGGAUAUAAAGACAGUGUACUUGAUAAAUUUUAUUAUUACAAUAUAAAAUCUUUGAUAUUAUUUUAUACUUGGAUCUGUUGUUAAAGCUCAUUGUUGGUUUCUAUUGUAAUUUAUUGACUCUACAUGUACAUGCCGGUUAUUGUACAUGCCGGUUAUUGUAAUUGUUGUAUCUUAGGACAAUGUUGUUUGUGUAGAUUAAAUCCCUCAAUAUCA